GGGUCGGUAGCUAACGGGCAGACAAGGUACAAGGAGGUAGGCAGAAGAUUGGUCAGGAGUAGCCGAGGUCGGUGCAGGCAGAAUUCAAGCAGAGUCAGGAUCAAGCAGAGUCAGGAUCAAGGAGUUAAGCAGGAAGCAGACAGGAUGCAGGUACAGGGGCUCAUGGGAACAAUACACCAGGGCCCUGACUGCAGGCCUGGCCAUUCCUUAAAUACACCUCCUGCAAUCAGCCUCAGGUGAUGGCUUGAUUGCAGGAGUGAGCUUCUGGCUGCUGAGAGCACCCACUGGCCAGCCCUGGUACUGCAGCCCACAAGGCAGGUGAGUCCUACCACCAUUGGCGAGUCCAUUCCUGACA